GAUCCAGCCCAUAUUAUGGCUGGAAGUGGGUCCAGAUCAGGAUCAGCCAGUGGAUUUUCCAUGAAAUCACAGCUUCAAAUCACUGUUAUUUCAGCAAAACUAAAAGAAAAAAAUAAAUGGUUUGGACCUAGCCCUUAUGUAGAAGUCUCUGUAGACGGACAGUCAAAGAGGACAGAAAAGUGCAACAACACAAAUAGUCCGAAGUGGAAGCAGCAUCUUACAGUAAUUGUCACUCCUGUGAGUAAAUUAAACUUUCGAGUCUGGAGCCAUCAGACACUAAAAUCUGAUGUUCUUCUGGGCAGUGCUGCUCUGGAUAUUCAUGAGACUUUGAAAUCCAACAGUAUGAAGCUUGAGCAGGUAGUUGUGACAUUGCACCUUGUCGGAGACAGAGAACCGGCAGAAGUGGUAGGAGAUUUGUCCGUCUGUCUAGAUGGGAUGCAGGUAGAUCCUGAGCUCCUAACCAAUGGUGAUGCCUCAAGUGUAAGAAGUCCUACGCAGAAUGAUACCUCCAGAGCAAAGAAUGAUGCACGAACUAACUCAAAUGGCCUCGAGAGCUCUGAAGAUGCAGCUUCCAGUGACAACAAGGCUGUUAACGGCGGUGAUUCUCCGUUGCUCACAAAUGGGAGCUAUAAACCUUCCAGACCUCCCAGGCCUUCUAGGCCACCUCCACCCACACCCCGUAGACCCACUUCAGUAGCUGGAAGCGCCAAUGGUCCCUCACCCACGUCCACAGACAACGAAGGGGCCAGCGCGGGAUCCGGGGCGCUGCCGGGCCCGGCUGCCAGCACCUCUUCCGAGCAGAGCCCAGAGGGGCCAGCGGCCCCAGCAGCUGCAGCACUGGCCACACCUCCAGUAUCAAGACAAGUGCAGCCAGUAAAUCCUCCACCUCAGACACUGGCUACAGUCAGCCAAGGUCCCCUUCCACCUGGUUGGGAGCAAAGAGUAGAUCAACAUGGUCGAGUAUACUAUGUAGAUCACGUUGAAAAAAGAACAACAUGGGAUCGUCCAGAGCCUCUUCCUCCAGGCUGGGAACGACGAGUUGACAACAUGGGGAGAAUUUAUUAUGUUGACCACUUCACUAGAACCACAACGUGGCAGAGACCAACAUUAGAAUCUGUCCGGAAUUACGAGCAGUGGCAGCUUCAGCGCAGUCAACUUCAAGGAGCUAUGCAGCAAUUUAAUCAAAGAUUUAUAUAUGGGAACCAGGACUUUUCUUCCACGCAGAACAAAGAGUUUGAUCCUCUUGGCCCUCUGCCACAUGGAUGGGAAAAGAGAACGGACAGCAAUGGCAGAGUGUAUUUUGUGAAUCACAACACACGUAUUACCCAGUGGGAAGAUCCCAGGAGUCAGGGUCAACUAAAUGAAAAACCCUUACCGGAAGGCUGGGAAAUGCGAUUUACUGUGGAUGGUAUUCCGUAUUUUGUUGACCACAAUAGAAGAACCACCACAUAUAUAGAUCCCCGCACGGGCAAGUCUGCUCUAGACAAUGGACCCCAGAUAGCCUAUGUGCGAGAUUUCAAGGCAAAGGUUCAGUACUUCCGCUUCUGGUGCCAGCAACUUGCCAUGCCACAACAUAUAAAGAUUACGGUGAGCAGAAAAACAUUGUUUGAGGACUCGUUUCAACAGAUAAUGAGCUUCAGCCCUCAGGAUCUGCGGAGACGUUUGUGGGUUAUUUUCCCUGGAGAAGAAGGCUUAGAUUACGGAGGUGUUGCAAGGGAAUGGUUCUUUCUCUUGUCCCAUGAAGUUUUGAACCCAAUGUAUUGCCUGUUUGAAUAUGCAGGGAAAGAUAACUACUGCUUACAGAUAAACCCGGCUUCUUACAUUAAUCCCGACCAUCUGAAAUACUUCCGUUUUAUUGGAAGAUUCAUUGCCAUGGCUUUGUUCCAUGGGAAAUUCAUUGACACUGGUUUCUCUCUGCCGUUCUAUAAACGUAUCCUAAACAAGCCAGUAGGACUCAAGGAUUUAGAGUCUGUUGACCCAGAGUUUUACAACUCUCUCAUCUGGGUAAAAGAGAAUGAUAUUGAAGAAUGUGGCUUGGAAAUGUUUUUCUCAGUUGAUAAAGAAAUUCUAGGUGAAAUCAAAAGCCAUGAUUUGAAACCAAAUGGUAGCAACAUUCUAGUCACAGAAGAAAACAAAGAAGAAUAUAUUAGGCUAGUAGCAGAAUGGAGGCUUUCCCGAGGUGUUGAGGAACAGACCCAGGCUUUCUUCGAGGGCUUCAAUGAAAUUCUGCCCCAACAGUAUCUGCAGUAUUUUGAUGCCAAGGAACUGGAGGUGCUUUUAUGUGGAAUGCAAGAGAUUGAUUUGAACGACUGGCAAAGACAUACCAUCUAUCGGCAUUACACCAGGACCAGCAGACAGAUCGUUUGGUUCUGGCAGUUUGUAAAAGAAAUAGAUAAUGAGAAGAGGAUGAGACUCCUGCAGUUUGUUACUGGAACCUGCAGAUUACCAGUGGGAGGAUUUGCUGACCUCAUGGGGAGCAAUGGACCCCAAAAAUUUUGUAUUGAAAAAGUUGGAAAGGAAAACUGGUUACCUAGAAGUCACACCUGUUUCAAUCGCUUAGACCUUCCACCCUAUAAGAAUUAUGAGCAGUUGAAGGAAAAGUUAUUAUUUGCAAUUGAAGAAACAGAAGGAUUUGGGCAGGAAUAACUAGCUAUAAUUUGCACCUUGAAGAAUGUGAACUCAACACACGAUGUAUGUUCUUCACUUCUUCUGCUUGUUGCACACCUCAUUGUAAAGUAGACUCGACUUGGAUUUAUUUAACAUACUAGUGUGUAAGUAAGUGGAUGGUAUCCUGAGAUUUUACCCACUUAAACUCUGGAUUUCUACUGAGCACUUUCAGAAAUCAAAUGAGCAAUCAGAUGAAUUGUGAACUAAGAUAUUUAAAACAGCUUUGGGCUCUGCUAUAUCUCACUGUUCAUUAAUUAGAAUGUGUCCUUAACGACUGACAGAUUUUUAAGAAUAGUUUCGUCUUUCCUUUUUAGUAGCAUUUUUUGCUACUGAUGCACUGGGAAGUUCAUUGGUAGCUGCAAUGCUGCAGCAUCCUCAUAAGCCUCUUUACAGCAGUGUUAUUAGAGCCAGCCUGUAGCCACCCUCCGGGUACUAUAAGCAAAUUCGUUGCUUUUGCUCUUUUUUCUAACUCAGAUGUGGCCGGACUGUUUUGUUUCCCCACCUGGAGUCUGCUCACAUGCCAGCUGGAUUCAAGCUGCUGUUAAGGGCAUGUAAAAGUGUGGCACAAAUCCAGGGCAUAGCUUUGGAUUUUUUUUUUUUUCCAAAAACACCUGCCCAAAGUUGUUGGAACGUUUUCAUGUGUGCUUGGAAGAAUUCUGAUCCUUUUCCUUCAUAACUCAUUUAAUUUUACAAUAAUAAAAACACUGUGGUACUUACUCAUUUUGAAAAAGUCAAGACCACCUGGGAUUGCACUGAUUCCAUUUAGAUUCAUGUUCGCAGACUGAUGUUUCUUGUCAAGUGUUAAUGGAAAUUGUACUCAGUGAUUCUCACGUGUUGUAGUCAGUUUUCUCCAAAUAUGUUAUUGGGUUCUCAGGAAGAAGUAUAAAACAAGUGGAUUUAAAAAUGAUAACACUUAUCUUUUUUUGUUGAUGAUGAACUGAAGGGCGAUAUUGGCUAGGGCUAAUGAGGCUGGAAAGAUCAGUCAGAUCACAGAUUUCUGGAGCAUCAGCAAAUAGUUCUACAGAAUUUGAGGGAGAUUUCUAAAUUAAUUCAUCCCUUAGCUGCCUAUAGCUAGUAACUUUUGUAGAGAGUUCUUCCUGGAUGAAUAACAUAUUUUAUUUCGUUUUAGAAUCUGUUAAUAUUCAGUUCUCUUCUGGUUUACAGUGGCAUUGUACAUUUUACUGCUCCUUUAGACUGAAUGCACUUUUUAGCUGUGGUCAGCUCUUUUCUUAACUGAAAGGAGUAAAGCAAACUUCAAUGUGAUGGGCUGUUGGCCGCAAAAAGAGAUGUGACACUUGGACUGGCAUGGAGCACAAGUUAGAGCAUAGCUGCAUCUCAGAGCUGUGGGCUAAGAGCUGUUUUUAAGAACCUUCUACAUUUACUUGGAGCAGGACAGUGGGAUACUAUAUAAAACUGAAUUUCCGGUCUUGAAAAGACUAUUUCCUUCCCGCUAUCCCUUCAGUCUUAAGUAAAAGAUGGAAAAACACUAGUUUUAUAACCAACUUCAGGAGAGCUUUUCAGCUCCAUGCACGUGCUGGUUAACCCUGCAGCGUGCGACUCUCGCCACGGGGCUUUAAGGAAAACGUGAAGCCUUUCUGAUGGUGUGGAACUGACCCGCUCUCAUCAUCUCCCUGCUAGUGAGAACGAACCCCACUUCGUGGUUUUACUAGCAGGAAAAUAUGCCAAUUUGAAAAAAAUUCAUGGCUGUUUUACAGUACAGUUCGUGGGGAGAAAAAAAGCCUUAUAAAUAUUUUCUCUUGAUGUUAAUUCUUACAGUGAAAUCUAGUUAUCUAACAUAUUUACAAGAGAGAUUAAAUUAAGCAAGAUAAUGCAAGAUUAAGCUAUGAAAAAGUAGUUUGUGUUCUGCAAAAUGCUUUAUUGAUUCAUGUAGGGAACCUAGAAAUAUUGUUAAUGUAUAAAUAUCACCCAAAAGGCUUUCAGCCCUAUAUUUUUAAAAUAAAGAAUAGUUAUAAUUGAAAUAGCCUUAGCCCUAGUUCUAUAGGGUAUGGCUGUUUAAUAUUUUUAUGGUUGAAAUGUUAGUUCAGGAAAAAGGUAAAUGCUUGUAUAUAUUUUUGCAGUCUGGGAUUCCACUUAUUCCUUUUUUUUUUUUUCUUUCUUUAAUUUAAAUAGCAUGUUUAUAUGUCUUUUCUGCUGUAUUAGAAUGGGGGAAAGGGGGCUGGAUAUCCCAAGCAUCAAAAAUAAUUUUCAAAUAUUGCAAUUAAAGAAUUCACUGGGGGGGGAAAUAAAAAGCAUUGGAUUUGGCCAAAAUAUAAGAACUUAAAAUAAGUUUACUUUGUUAAAUCAGAAAUAUUUCUGAAGAUGAAAGAUGACUUGCCCCUUUUACUUUGUAAGCAUUGUAAAUGCUAACAGAUCUGUUAAUUUUCUACAACACGUUGUGUAGAAAUAAAAAGGAAUCAAUAUGAGCCACUGAUGUACUGCUCUGUUUGUUUGGUAGAAGCUUCACGUGGAUGAGCCCAUAGUGUUUAAUCCACUGCAUAAUAAGAUUUUCUGAAUCGAACUAAAGCAGGACUUUCAGACGAGAUCAGUGAGCGCAUCUCCCAUGGCUUCAACUGAUUUAGCAGCCUCA